UGUAACCAGACGGGACUCCCCUCACCAUCCCACAACCAACAUCCAGGAGACUGCUGCUGUGUAAGACCUGGCCUCAGUAACACACAGCCAGUGGAGGCUCCAGUGAGAGACAGCCUACCGGAGAUGGUGUCAUUUGUGAACGGUGAAUGUGGCUCCGAGACUGAUUACAAACGGAGACGGACAGCCGGCGCAUCUCCUCCAACAGAAGCGCUCACAACGGUCCAGCAGCGGCAGAGGCACAGGAAGCAGACACUCAUGUCCAAGUUGAGUGACUCCGGUUUCGAAGAAGACUUGGGAUCCUCCCUGAUUCCAUCCCCGGCUCGAAUAGAUGUGUCCCCGCUCCGUUCAGACGAGCCUCCUGCGGGACAGCUGUCCAACUGGUACAUCCAGUACGGUGACAUCGGUUUCAAGAUUCAGAGAGAGAAAGAGGCGCAGUUUCAUUCCUGCAAAAGCUUGGCACGCCAGCCACAAUUGACUGCAGAGGCACGGUGUAAGCUCGUCAGCUGGCUCAUCCCUGUGCACAAACAUCUCCGUCUGUCCUUUGAGUGCUGCUGCCUGGCGGUGAACAUCAUGGACAGGUUCAUGGCAUCCACACCUGUUGCAGCUGACUGCUUCCAGCUACUGGGUGUCACAGCACUCCUCCUAGCCAGCAAACAGGUGGAGGUGUGCUCACCGCAGAUCGGCCAACUAUUGUCAUUGUGCUGUGAUGCCUUUACGAAGGAGCAGCUUUGCAACCUGGAGUGUCUCGUCCUCCUCCGCCUCAACUUCCGCCUCGCUGCACCGACCCUGGCCUUUUUCCUGGACUAUUACACCAACUGCAUUGAUGCUGCCCAGCUUGAACCUGAGAACACAAGUGGUGGGAGGUUUGCAAGAAUUAAUCCAGAAACAAAAAGACGCGGGCAGUGCAGCAUCCUCGCACGAAAGGUGUGCGAGUUGAGUCUUGCAGACUAUGCUUUCAUCAAAUACCCACCAUCUAUGACUGCUAGCUGUGCACUGAGGAUAGCCAGUGAGUUACUGACAACUGAACAAGGGCUUGUUCAGCAUGCAACCAUCCAGUCACAAGAAGUGCAGUGCGGCAGUUUUGUGGAUGAACUAUGUACCCAACCACCUGAGAGCCCUGAGCUUUCUGAGGCCGACUCUCUGGCAGUAAAGGGUCACUUCCUGUCUGUGAGUCAGGGGAGCUACAAGCACAAUCUGGCCCAGGAAUGCAAAGACAACCUGAUGCUGUUGAUGUCAUUAAACCAGGAGACAUUGGAAGUGAUGUCUGACAUGUGA